UCGGAGCCUUUUGCCUCUGCUGUAGUUUCCACUGACUGACUGACGCGCUGUGGAGAGCGUGGCUCUGUUGAGCCUAUCCAUAUAUGGUCACCUACGUCACAGAAACGUUCCAUCCCCCUAUUUAAUACAGGCAGACUGGAGUCCCCUAUCCAACUCCAAUAGAGCAAGUAGAGCCGCUCUUGUGCAACCACCAUCACCACCACCUCCAUUGAUUCACAGACUUCAAAUUCCCCCACAAGCAGCCCAUCAGCUUCUCGGGUGAUCAGAUUAAUAACAACAAAAGCCCGUGAUCAUACGGGAGGAGAUACCAGCGCUGCUCAUUCUCCGCGGGAUACUUGGAUACGGCAACAGGAUCCAUCCCUGCUCCUCUCUCUCCCUCUCUCUCGCUCUCUUUUUUUUUUACGCGUGGUCCUCACCUGUGUUUUCCAAUUUGAGAACACCCCGAUGUUUGAGUAACUAUUUGGAUACCUGCGCGUGGUCCUUUAUGUCGGGCUGAAUAUAACUGCUAUGACAGGGAAACUAGCGGACAAGCUCCCUCUUACCAUGAGCAGUUUAAUAAACACGAUUCCCGACAGUCUCUACCCAGAAGAGGACAUCCCGACGUCUAUGAAUAUUUUCACCAGUACGGAUUCUAUUAACCACUAUUCACAGAUGAAUACAGAUAAUAUCAUGGAUCUGGGCAUGGGAAGUGAGAAAGCCACCGCAGAGAUUCAGUAUGGAUCCAGCUUCCAGUCUAACCGCAGCGGGCAGACUGUCACCUAUCUAGGGAAGUUUGCCUUUGACACUCCUCCAUCAGGUGGCAUUGGUGGCUCGGGUUGGUGCUCUGAUAACAAUAUCAUUAGUCUAGUCAGCGCAGGGAUCCUGGGUGUUUCUCCAUCACCCGGCACUGUAACGACGCAGACAUCCUCCUCUGCGGCCAGCAUGGGCGGACAGACAUCAGACAUGGAGCAGGUGUACGGUCCACCACUGCCUGCCUAUUCCACCUGCAGUGACCUGUACCAGGACCAGGUCUCCUUCCACCACAGCCCCGCCACCAGCACUGCCCUAGCCUACCCUGGCAAUGACUAUCACUCCACGUCCAAAGCCUCGAUGGACGGGAACCUUUUCUCCAUGAUUCCUGACUACAACCUUUUCCAUCAUCAGGGGGAGGUUGGCGUGAUGGAGCACAAGCCCUUCCAGAGUAUGGACCCCAUCCGAGUCAACCCUCCGCCUAUCACGCCCCUGGAGACCAUCAGAGCGUUCAAAGAUAAGCAGCAGAUUCACCCAGGUUUCAUUGGAGGGCAGCAGCACGCUCCUCAGCACCACCCACCGCCACAGACUCUGACCCUCAAACCCAUCCGGCCGAGGAAGUACCCCAAUCGGCCCAGCAAAACCCCUGUGCACGAACGGCCACACGCCUGUCCGGCGGAGAACUGUGACAGGCGCUUCUCACGUUCAGACGAGCUCACGCGUCACCUCCGCAUCCACACAGGUCACAAACCCUUCCAGUGCCGAAUAUGCAUGCGCUCCUUCAGCCGGAGUGACCACCUGACCACACACAUCCGCACACACACGGGCGAGAAACCCUUCUCCUGUGAGUUCUGUGGACGCAAGUUUGCCAGAAGUGAUGAACGUAAGAGACAUGCAAAGGUUCACCUGAAACAGAAGGACAAGAAGCCAGCUGACAAGGGCAGCGGGGCAGCUGGCAGCCACAGCUCUCCCCCUAGCUCCUGUGGCAGCGGGGGGGCCAACAGUGGGAACAUCAUGACUGUCACUACCUGUGCGUAGACUGGACCCUCACCCUGCACCACAAAGAGACUGAGGAGGAAGGGAUCCCGUCCACUAUGGGAUGAAUAGGUGACUCUUUUCCUCUCUUUUACAUGCCCCUCUCUUUUCAUUUGUCCUCCCUCUAUUUUGAGAUGGAUGCCCUUAGUUUUAGAAGGGGAAAGGGUGCUAUGCUCUUCCCUUUCAAGCAACGCAGAGCCUCAGCUACUGUAAUACAGUGCCAACUAACCGAGGGGCACCUUGGCACAUUCUGUCCAAACAGGCCACCGCAUAUCUGAGGGUUUUUGAGGUGGUUAUGCUUAAUGUAAAAUUUUUCUGAUCAUUUCUAAAUUGGAAGGAUGCCAGAAUCCAUCACAGGGGGUUGAAAUAGACGAAACUACAAUGGAGCUUAGUAAAGGGUGAGUUGUCUGGGAUGUAUGCAUUAAUUUUAUUGGGUUGUUUAAAAGUGCAAUUGGUUAUAUUUGUGUACUGUCAUGGAUACCUUAUUAGUGGCACUUGACUGUCUUUUUGUUGUUUUCGUUGAAGUGUAGUAUUUUUUCUAUUUGAAUGUUGUUUUCUCAAAAGAAUGUGCCAAAUGUAUUGUGAUAAUACAGCCAACCUUGUUCUUAUUAUUGUGCCUGACAUUUGCCAAACAUAAUAGAGGUAUCAGCUUAGCACAAACAUCAGUUUAGAGGAA